AAAUUCUUUAUUCACUGAGGAAACAUCUGACGGCCAUUUUGUUAAAUUUAUUUCCAAACGUAUCCCCUCCAAAUUGAAAACAACCGAAGGUCGACGCUGCUCUCGGUUUGCAUAAAGUAUUUUUGGUUAGGUUAAUAAUUGUGUUGAUGAAAUUAAAAUGAUUUCUGGAAAUAAAUAACAUUAUAUUUCGACAAAAUGGAUGUUUCUGGUGAUUUGACAUUGCAAUGGGUGGAAGAGGUAGGAAAUGUGAUUCACGAAGAAGUUAUAUGUGGCUUGGAAGCAGAAUUGGUAGCACCCGAAGAAGAAGUAAUAGGAGCCUGCGAAGAAGUUACAGUAGAAGAAACUGGAGAAUCGGUUUCCAAUGUACCUCCAACAACUGAAUCAGAAAUUCUAAUGGUUCCCCAGACCAGUGAUAUGGACUCUAUUUAUAUAGUACCACAAGAUCAAGGUCAUGAUUACCUUAAUAUACAAGUUACAGAAGAAGUAAUUGCAGAUAAUUGGGACAGAUCUGGUCCAGAUGAUGGGGUCGAAAUUCCAGAAACAAAAGUUUCUCAUGACAAUCUCUUAGAAUAUGAUGACAUGGAAAUACCAUUACCUAUUGAUCAAGAUUCUUACACAAAUACUCGUCCAUAUCCAUGCGAUUUUUGUAGUCGAAGAUUCAGAAAAAAAGCAAAUUUAAUGAAUCAUAUGGUGGCACAUCAAACUGAUCGUCCUCAUCAUUGUAAUUUAUGUGGAGCUCGUUAUGUACGAAAAUGUGAUCUUAUGAAUCAUUUAAAAACUCAUGCUUAUGCUCCAUCUCGGGAUGGCUUGGAUGAUGAUUUAAAUGAUGAUGAUUCAUUAGCUCCUGAAGAAGAAGAAACUAAUAAAGGUAGACGUAAGAAAGUACAAUCUAACGCACCAAGAAAACGUAAAAACAACUCAACUAUUCCCAAAAGAAAUAAUGAUGAUGUAAAAGUUGAAAUGGAUAAAUAUGUUAAUAAAUCUUACGAUUAUGUGGAUGAAGAUAUGCGUUUAUUAGAAGAAAUGACUAAUCGAAAUUCAGUUCGUGGUAAUAAUUAUCCAUCAAGUUCAAGAUGGAAUGAACAAAUAUCACCAGUAUCAAAUGAACAACAACCUCCACGGUGGCCUAUUACAGACCCAACAAAACCAUAUGUUUGUCAGUAUUGUGGUGUGGGCUUUGCAAGAGAAAAAGCUCUUGCAUCCCAUGCUCGUAUUCAUGGUGGAGACAGUCCAUUUGAAUGUACUUCUUGUGGUGACAUGUUCUGGGAUGUUAAUAGUUUAAGAGAACAUGUUCGAAUUAAACAUGGAGGAACUGCACAAUCGGAUAUAGAGGAGUUUGAUACAAAUGAUGCUACUUAUACAGGUGAUGAAAGAUUUGGAGAAUUUUAUUGCAACACUUGUGGAGUUCCUUUUCAUCGUUUAGAUUUGCUUAAACGCCAUCAAAAGAUUCAUGUUAAGCAAGAAAUGGACAUGAUGGAAGGUUCGAGUCAGCAUCAUGUGUGCAAUGUAUGCGGAGAGUGGUUUGAAGAAGCAUUAGCUUUAUUAGCACAUGCCGAACUUCAUGCUAGAUCUCCUAGUCGUCGGUGUUUAUUGUGUGGGGAGAGAUGUCGUGAUGAUGCAGAAGUUGCAGAACAUGUUCGUCAAAAUCAUGCAGAAGACGCGCCACCAAAUACGUGUACACUUUGUGGAAAAACAUGCAAAGACAAACGUAGUUUAUUGAAACAUUCAUGGGUGCAUAAUGUUGAUAAAACAUUUAGUUGCACAAAAUGUGGAAAACGAUUUCAUAGUAAAGCUAGGUUACGAAGGCAUAUGGUUUCGCAUCGUAACAAAAUGGUUGCAUGUGAUGAAUGUGGAGAAGAAUUUCCUGAUGGUAGAGCUCUUGUGAGUCAUCGUCAUUCUCAUAAUAAAGAUCUAGGUGGUCGUUCAUUUCCUUGUCGCGAGUGUGGAAAAACAUUUGGUAGUCGUAGCUCUCAGCAAAUACAUAUUCGUAUUCACACAGGAGAGAGACCUUAUGGUUGCAGGUUUUGUUGGAAAGCAUUUGCAGAUGGUGGUACAUUAAGAAAACAUGAACGUAUUCAUACCGGUGAAAAACCCUAUGGAUGUGCUAUCUGCCCUCGUGCAUUUAAUCAAAGAGUAGUUCUCAGAGAACAUGUACGAGCUCAUCAUUCAGGACCUGAUCCAAAAUGCGUUGGUAGUGUUACACCAUAUUUAUGCAAAGUGUGUGGUGAUGCUUAUGCAACAUCGGAAGAAAUUGUAGCUCAUAUAGUACAGCACUGUGAUGAUAACACUGCAUUAAGACGUCAACCACAGACUGGACCACGCAAAUAUAAAAGAAGGCGUAAAUUAAAGCCUCAUGAAACAACUACAAUGUUAAGAAUUAAUGAAAAUUAUGAUACACUUGAAGCUGGAUCUGAUUCAGACGACAAUACAAAACGGAAACUUGGUAGGAAAAAUAAACAACAUAGAUCAAAUGUCGAAGAAGGUUAUCAAAAUGUUCUUAAAAGUUUUGAAAGUUCUUUACAAAAUAUAAAUUCAAUAGUAAGUAAUUCUAAACUGAAUCCUGCAAAAUCAAAAUUAUCAAAGAAAAAACUGAGGAAAGAAGAAAAGAAAAAUGAAGGGCAAACAUCGUGUCAACCAGGUAGACCCAAAAUGAUACAUACUCAAAAAACAAGAGUACCUGUUGAAAUGGGUAGUGAUGGUGUUAAAAAGGGUCAAAAAACCAAAACGAUGGUAACAAGAACUCCUAAAGUAAUGCCAAGUGAACAUAAAUUGGGUAUCUUUCCUGGAGGAGAAAGGAACAGACCAAGAACAAAAAAUGUUAGUUAUCAUAUUGAGGGAAAAUUACAAUUAACAUCUGCAACAUUUCCUAAACCAAAGGAAGACAUUGUAAAAUUAUCAUCACAAGUACAGCCACAAAUGGUAACAAAUAUAAAAAUAGAACCUGGUGUAAAAAAAUCUUUGGACAGUAAUCAUAGUAACAAUAAUAGUAAUAUUGUUAAAAUAAAUAAUGAUAAAUUAGACCAAACAUCAAGAAAAAAGUCCACUGUUUUUAAGAAGAUAAAAAAGCAAAAGCAAAUGCUCAUAAAAGAAGAACCAAAUGAUAAUACGAAUGAAGAUGAAACACAAAACAAUAACAAUACAGAGAAUACUAAUUCUAUACGGUUAAUGGAACACACAGUAGAUGGAAAUAGCCUAGAAGUUGCUUUUGAAGCUAGUGUUGUUACAGCGGAAGAAGAAACUAUUCUUCCUGAUGUUGAUACAAUGACUAAUAAUGAUAAUAUUGGAAAUGGAAAUGUUAAGCUUAGUGUGAAGGUAGAAUCUACACCUCAGAGAAUGUUGGCGAUUCAUAGUGUAAUUACACCUGUGGAUGACGUUCCAGAAACUAUAAUACCAGAUACUCUGGAAUAUACAUGCGAAAUGUGUUCCGCGGUAUUUUCCAGUCGUGCAGAGCUUUUGGUACAUGUACCAAUACAUAUUUGAUUUAAUUUAUCUAAUAUUAUGAAAGCAGGUAUGAAAAUUUGUUCUAUUCUAAAUGCACUUGUUUAAUGAAUCAAUUUUUAACAAUGAAUGAAAUUUGUUUAAUUUAAGUUGGCUUUAUAUUAUGCCAAAGUAUCCCUUAUUUGUUGCUCCAUGGAGUGCACUUUAUGUUUAUGAUAUGUUCCAAAGUUAUUAAUUUUAUGAGUUAAUUUGUAUCAUCCUAAAAACAUAAAAACAUUUGUGGGUAAUAUUAUGUUCAUUUUAUACUACUAAUGUUUUUAAGAAAAAAACUUCGAUUCAAAUAUUAACUUCAACUUGAAUUAUAAUACAGCAACAGGAAAUGUUUAAAAUGAUUUUAUAUACAUGCACACAAUUAAGAAGGUAAAUAUUUAAUAAGAAAUUAAAAACUUGAAAUUUAACAAUUGAUAAUUUAGUAAUAAUGAUCAGUUGUAAGUCAUAUUCUUUUAAAGUAUAGAAUUUAAUAAAACUUCAAUUAUUAAUAAUUGGAUCUAAGAAACAUAUGUUACUUGUAUCACUACAAAAUUUUAUUUAUACAUUUGCUUUAUUUUUUAAUGAAGUCAUAUAAUUAAAAGAUAAAAUUUGUAAAUUAUCAUAUGAUAUGUUGCUAGUACAUUAUAAUUUAAUCCAUAAUUAUUUGUUUAAAAAUUGUGCUUCUUUUCUCACCAAUAGUGUAUACAUGUAUAUUUAAUAUAAUUGUGAUUAUUAUAAAUGUAAUAAUUACAGAAAUAACUAUUGUUCUUAAAAAACAAAAAACAAAAAACAAUUUUUUGAAUUAAACCACUAAAAAGUCAUUUUUAUUAUAAUAAUUUAUGAGUGCAGCCUGUUGUGAAUGUAUGACAAAUAUAUUAUUUUUUUCUUAAAGAAGCAGUGUUAAUAUCAAAUUUAUAUUAAAUUUUUAUUAUCGUGUAUAUGUAUGCGUGUGUGUGCGCGCGCGUGUGUGAAUUUCACUCGGAAUUAUUAAGAAUAUCAAUGUUUAUAUAAAUAACAAAUUUUACUUUUCAAUAAUUUUAAUAUAUCAAUGUUUAUAAGUAUUAUUGUUUAAUUUGUCAUAAUUGCAGUAAUAUUGUUACUGUAUAGACGCACAUUUAUUUUGGUAACACUGCAUUGUUAUUGAAAUUUAAUAAAAGUAUGUGUAAUAAUAUCUAUGACAGUGAUUUCAAAUAAUUCAAUUGGGUAAUACAAAACAUGUAAUACAAAUAUUAUUAUAUUUUAUUAACUAAAUACUAGGUGUAAAUUAUAAUGAAAAAGUUAUAAAACUAAAUGUUAUUUUGAAUAUUCUGUUAUGUAUUGUUGUACAUUCUGUUGUAUAUUUAGAUUUGUAAGCCUAGUAAUAUCUAUUGUGAAAAUUAGAGGUAUUUUUGUCAAGCGCUAAAGUAUAAUAUCACUAAAUGAUAAAAAUAUUUUAUGAAAAUGAUUGUAAGACUUUUAUUCUACGAAAAUAGUAACAGUAUGUUUUUCCUAUUUCAUUGGUUUAUAUAACGAUAUUUGAAUGGAUACAAAUUAUUGAAAUUUGCUGUAAUGUAAUUUUUAUAUUUGCCAUAAAAGUGGUCAUAUAUUAGAAUUGUAUUCUUAUUAUUCUUUCACCUUGAAACAGACAAAAAAGACAAUAUUAUAAGAUUUAUUCUAGAAUUAGUAAUUUCUUUAACAUCACAAUUUUGUUAUAUAUUAUUUUAAUAUCAUUCAAAAAAUUCUAUAGGUUUGUAAACAUGUUACUUAUAAACUGAAUGAUACUAAAAACUACCAAAUAAAUUUCUAUUCUUUUUUAAUGUUUAAUAUUUUCGGUUAUUAAUUAAUGUUUUUGUAAACGUGUUAUUAUAGCUUAGCAAUUGACCAUAUAUCUCGGACUUCUUUGACUAAAAAUAUAAUUCAUUCAUAAACUAUUAAAUUAUAAAUUUAAAUUACACGAAAUUUAAUGAAAUUAAAUUCUAUAAAAUUGAAAAUUUAUUUUCAAAAUCAACAAAUUAAUGUAUAUAUUUUAUGUACCCUAUGUUUUUAUUCAUACUAUAGUUGGUAUUGACAUAUGCAUUAUGUUUCUAAAAAGUCUAAACUAUUAUUAUUUUCCAUCUGUAGAACAUCAGAUUAAAAGAAAUUCAUUAUAUUUCAAUGGCAUUAUGUAAGGCAAUCAAUCAAAAAUAAUGUAUGCUGUAUUUUUGUAGCAAAAAAGUAUUUGAAUAUGA